CUUCAAGUUGGGGGAUUUCUCAGUGGAAGUUCCCAUUUCAACAGAAGGGAGAGCUCUGGACAGUUUGAGCAGCAUUGAUAGAGCCUGUGGAAAACACUUUCCGACUGUGUAACUGUUUACAUCUUUACAGAGGAAUAUUCUACAAAGGAAGACUUGUAACCUGGAGAAGAGGACAGUUUCAUUAUUGAACCAAGGAAUCAAUGAAAGAGGAAGCAGGGAUUUUCCUGGUGUUUCUUCAUGGACAGGCACACCAUGGUCAAUCACUGGGCUGGAGAGACCUAUCAUUUACUCCAUCCUUUAUAGUGAUGCUACAGGACAAAGAGGAAUGGAUAAAAACAUUGGCGAGCAACUCAAUAAAGCAUAUGAAGCCUUCCGGCAGGCAUGCAUGGAUAGAGAUUCUGCAGUGAAAGAAUUACAGCAAAAGACUGAGAACUAUGAGCAGAGAAUACGUGAACAACAGGAACAGCUGUCCCUUCAACAAACUAUUAUUGACAAGCUAAAAUCACAGUUACUUCUUGUGAAUUCCGCUCAAGAUGGCAGUUAUGGCUGUGUUCCUCUGCUUGAAGACAGUGAAACAAGGAAGAAUAAUUUGACUGUUGAUCAGCCACAUAAUAAAGUGAUUUCAGGAAUAGCAAAGGAAAAACUACCAAAGGUAAGAAGACAAGAGGUUUCUUCUCCUAGAAAAGAAACUUCAGCAAGGAGUCUUGGCAGUCCUUUGCUCCAUGAAAGUGGUAAUAUAGAGAAGACUUUCUGGGAUCUGAAAGAAGAAUUUCAUAGAAUAUGUAUGCUAGCAAAAGCACAGAAAGACCACUUAAGCAAACUUAAUAUACCAGACACUGCAACUGAAACACAGUGCUCUGUGCCUAUACAGUGUACGGAUAAAACAGAUAAACAAGAGGCGCUGUUUAAGCCUCAGGCUAAAGAUGAUAUAAAUAGAGGUGCACCAUCCAUCACAUGUGUCACACCAAGAGGACUGUGCAGAGAUGAGGAAGACACCUCUUUUGAAUCACUUUCUAAAUUCAAUGUCAAGUUUCCACCUAUGGACAAUGACUCGACUUUCUUACAUAGCACUCCAGAGAGACCCGGCAUCCUUAGUCCUGCCACGUCUGAGGCAAUGUGCCAAGAGAAAUUUAAUACGGAGUUCAGAGACAACCCAGGGAACUUUGUUAAAACAGAAGAAACUUUAUUUGAAAUUCAGGGAAUUGACCCAAUAGCUUCAGCUAUACAAAACCUUAAAACAACUGACAAAACAAAGCCCUCAAAUCUUGUAAACACUUGUAUCAGGACAACUCUGGAUAGAGCUACGUGUUUGCCACCUGGAGACCAUAAUGCAUUAUAUGUAAAUACCUUCCCACUUCUGGACCCAUCUGAUGCACCUUUUCCCUCACUCGAUUCCCCGGGAAAAGCUGUCCGAGGACCACAGCAGCCCAUUUGGAAGCCCUUUCCUAAUCAAGACAGUGACUCGGUGGUACUAAGUGGCACAGACUCAGAACUGCAUAUACCUCGAGUAUGUGAAUUCUGUCAAGCAGUUUUCCCACCAUCCAUUACAUCCAGAGGGGAUUUCCUUCGGCAUCUUAAUUCACACUUCAAUGGAGAGACUUAAGACACAUUUGAAAACAGAUAUACCAAGUUCUAUGUGAUGAUUUGGGGUUUGUAAUACUAUAAAUACUUGAUUGUAAACUAAAUUCAAGAUCAUUUAUAGGAAAAUCUAGUUUCACAGCUAUUUGAAUUGUUUUCUAGAUUUACUGUAUAACUCUUUCAUUUUUUUAAAAGAUCAUUCUAUUCUUUCAAGGAGAAAUAAGCCUAAAAGAAGAAAAACAAAAAAAAAUCUGCAUAAAACUGUAAUCCUUUGUAUUCAUGUUUACAGUGCUAUUACUAUAAUUCAAAAUUAUAUAUGUGACUUAUGUAAUCAUAAUUUAUGUUUAUUUCAGAUAUCUAAGUUUAUUGCUUGGAUUUCUAGUGAGAGCUGUUGAAUUUGGUGAUGUCAAAUGUUUCUAGGGUUUUCUUAGUUUGUUUUUAUUGAAAAAUUUAUUUAUGCUAUAGGUGAUAUUCUUUGAAUAAACCUAUAAUAGAAAAUAGCAGACAACAUAAACAUCUUUGUAAAUAUCAAACCUAAUACAUUUCUUGUCCAGUGAUAAAACAACUGGUAGAAUUAUUUAAACACUUGAGAUUUUUAAAAUAAUAUACUUGGCUUUAAUUUUACUAUGUGUAUAGCGACAUGAUGAAAUUAAUUAAAUAUUAAGAGGUACUUA